UUGCCCAUGAACUCUGGCAGCAAGAGUCAAAGCAAGGCCGUUGCCGCGGCCAGGCCGCGCCAGCACCGCCGCUUCACGAAUGGAAUACGGAAAGCCCUGUUAGAAGAGUUCAAGACAUCGAACGCCACGAGCCAACGGAAGUUCUGUAUUGAGAAGAACGUGCCGUACUCGACAUGGCAGGGGUGGAAGGCCAGGGAGGACAAGAUCAUGGCCAGCAAGCGAGGCAACAAGCAUGCCACAACGGGUGGUCAAGGACACAAGUCGAUGAUUCCGUUCAAGGACGAGCUGCUCAAGUUCAUGCAAGACAGUCGGAGUGGCGAGAAGCCACUUCAAGUGCUGCAUCUCGUGGAUUGGGUCAAGGAGAACCAGGCAGAGUGGCUUGCCGGGUACAUGGGAACCAAGAAAAGCGCGGCAGUGGCCAACGAUUCACUCCGUAGACUGCUCCUGCGCUUCGCCAAACGGCACCGGUUCACUCGUCGCGCGUCCUAACAUGUACUAGGAGCGAUAUACGUACCCCCUCGUGGCAGUCCAGUCAGAUGUCCAAGUGUCGAGCUGGCACAUUGUGUAUACCGAAUAAACAGUUUGAUAAUGAGAGCGUUGUUCAUGUGA